UUGAUGUUCUGCAAAUAUGUGAAAGUAAACUUCCUCGUUGGGAACGAGUGGAGCCGUCCCACCAUUGUUGCCACCAAUGAGCUGUAAACCGCACUAAAACCCACAAUACACCCACUCAACGCCGACGCAGCACCAUCUUAUAAAUUAAAGAGAAAUGGCUCCUCCACAAUCUCACACUACUUCGAACAAGUGAGUGAUCAAACCCCGCAAAACUCAAAAAGCUCUCACUAUAUACUAGCUAACACCAACAGCAUGCGCAAACUACCGCCAACAGUCACCGUUCCCCCUCUGGUCCUCUUUCUCCUCCUCAUCUUUAUAAUCCCCUUCACGACUCCGAGCCCCCCGCCGAAUCCGGUGACGUGCACGUCGGCCUCGGGAUGCACCGUGACGAACUCUUACGGCACGUUCCCCGACCGGUCGACCUGCCGCGCGGGCGCCGCCGCGUAUCCGGCCAGCGAGCAGGAGCUGAUCGCAGCGGUGGCCAACGCCACCGCCGCCGGGCGGAAGAUGCGCGUCGCGACGCGGUACUCCCACAGCAUUCCCAAGCUGGUAUGCCCGGGAGACGGCGACGACGAUAAUGGGCUGAUCGUAAGUACGCAGUAUCUGAAUCGGAUCGUGUCGGCGGAUCCGAUGCAUUUGGAGAUGACGGUGGAGGGAGGGGCGACGCUGAAGGAGCUGAUCGGCGCGGCGGCGGAGGCGGGGAUGGCGCUGCCGUAUGCGCCGUACUGGUGGGGGUUGACGGUCGGGGGAAUGCUGUCGACGGGGGCGCACGGCAGCUCGCUGCGGGGGAAGGGGAGCGCCCUGCACGAGUACGUCGUUGCGAUGCGGAUCGUCGCGCCGGCGCCAGCCGCAGAGGGAUACGCCAAGGUGCGUCAGCUGGGGCCCGGCCACCCGGACUUGGAUGCAGCAAAGGUCUCCCUCGGAGUGCUUGGAAUCAUUUCUCAGGUAACAUUAAAACUGCAGCCCUUGUUCAAGAGAUCAGUAACCUUCGCCAAGUACGGCGACGCAGACUUAGCCGACCGAGCCGUCACCUUCGGCAACCAGCACGAGUUCGCCGACAUGGCCUGGUACCCGGGCCAAGGCAAAGUCAUCUACCGCAUCGAUGAUCGUGUGCCCGACAACGUGUCCGGCAACGGCGUCUUCAACUUCGUCGGGUUCCGAUCAACGGCAACUUUGCUGCUGGCCACCAACAGAUUGGCAGAGGAGGGCCUGGAAGCCACGGGCAACGCGGGCGGCAGGUGCCAGUACUCGAGGCUGACGACGUCGGCGAUCGCCAUUGACGGCUACGGCCUGACCAACAACGGCCUGCUGUUCACGGGCUACCCAGUCGUCGGCUUCCAGAACAAAAUCCAGUCCUCGGGGGGCUGCCUCGACGGCCCCGACGACGCCCUCCUGACGGCCUGCCCGUGGGACCCGCGCGUGAGGGGCGAGUUCUUCCACCAGACCACCGUCAGCAUCCCUCUGUCCGAAGCCAAAGACUUCAUCCUCGACGUCCAGAAGCUCCGCGACCUCAACGCGGAGGCCUUCUGCGGCGUCGAGCUCUACAACGGCAUCCUCAUGCGCUACGUCAAGUCCUCCUCCGCCUACCUGGGCAAGCAAGACGACUGCCUCGACUUCGACAUCACGUACUACCGCAGCCACGACCCGGCGGUGCCGCGGCUCUACGAGGACGUCCUGGAGGAGGUGGAGCAGAUGGCGCUCUUCAAGUACGGCGGGAUGCCGCACUGGGGCAAGAACCGGAACGUCGCGUUCGACGGCGUGAUCGCCAAGUACCCGAAGAUCGGCGAGUUUUUGAGGGUGAAAAACGAGUAUGAUCCGCAGGGGCUGUUCUCGAGCGAGUGGACGGAUCAAGUGCUCGGGAUUAAGGGGAGAGCGAGCAUAUACAAGCAAGGAUGCGCGUUAGAAGGGCUGUGUAUAUGCUCAGAGGACGCGCAUUGCGCCCCGGAUAGAGGGUAUUAUUGCAGGCCCGGGAAAGUGUACAAGGACGCAAGAGUGUGCACAAAAUCUGGGUAAGUACGUACGUUCGUAGUCAUGUACGUGCUUGGAAGAUACAUAAAUAGAUUGCUUCCUUUUACAGGAUAACAUAAGAAAAUAAGAAAAAUGUUUGCUGUAAUCCCAAAAUAUAAUGAUUCUUUUAAAAUUUUUGAAAUAAUUUCAUGAA